UCAAACAGGCCCCGCGGUGGAGAGAGCCUUGUCUCUCUCUCUCUCUCUCUCUCUCUCUCUCUCUCUGUGUGUGUGUGUGUGUGUGUGUGUGUGUGUUUCUGUCCCUGCCAUGUUGCGCCUGACGAUGUGGACCGUUGCAUUCGCACCAGGCCCGAAACGGAAAUCGCCCCACCAACCAGGAGGCUUUUUCCACGACAAUCCUUUUGCCGCGUAGGAGCUGGUAGGUGGGGGCACAGAAUGAAGCGAGUGUAGAGUAGAUGCACCAGGGACAUCUGUCUAAGGCCCACGGUGUCCCAUGCGCCGGGGACGUCUCGUUGAAUUCCACAGUCUUCCGUCCGUUCUGCUUUUCUGUGCGAGAGUGCAAGUUGAGGACAUCUCUGAAGUUUCCGUAGUGCUCACUACGAUUGCGGAAGCUCAGGGUGGUGCGACUUGGCGGAGUGCGGUCAUGGAAGCUUUUGACGAUGGACGGGAGCUAGCAGUUAUGGGCCAGGCGUGUGCGAAGUGUCAUCGCCAAGUGCGGGCGCUGAUCCGCACACUGCUUGCUGACUGCUUCCGAAGUUGUCGGCCCGGGAGUGCAUUGGACGAGGCGAAGAGGAUAACGAUCACGGCUCGACGAGAAGAGGGAGAUGACGACCACCUGUCGCCAGCUGUGCGGCUGACUUUCGCCGACACUGGGAGAGGGAUAAGCGACGGUCUGAUGGCGGCACACUGCAGGCGGAUUCUGGGAGAGACGAUGGACUGCUCCACCCCGUGCACCGUGCACCACACACCGGAGGUCGUGUGGAAUGGUGAGAUCCUUGUCAUGACCACCACGAUAGAAGAUGCCGAGAUUCGUCGGUAUGCGGUGAGAGUCGUAGUGGACCGGAAAAUGAAGGAGACCAUAGAACAGGACCGGGUGGGAAGAUCGCAACCCCACUCCAAGUUGCAGAAGUUGCGCUUUCAAUCGCAGCCAGAAAUAGUCCAGCUGGCAUCGCUCGUGAAACCCCGAGGAGCCUUCAGCGGCUCGGAGAGGUCGGUGAUGCUCAAUGGCCGCUCCUUUGAGGAUUGCGUUGUUUACCUUGAAUCCCUUUGUUACAAGCUCUCAAUUCUCAACAUGAAGGUUCUUGUAGAGCUCCAUCUUCACCAUCUUCCAAACCUUCCUGGCCACGAGACGAGACAACGGCCUGAAUCGUCAACAGCAUUGGGCGCAUCAUCGCACAUGCUCGUGACUUUUGCAGAGGGAAUUGCAGCCCCCGCGACAUGCACAAAUCUGGAGAGGCUGAAAACUGGCAUAGAAGGCUACCUAUCCCGUCGAUUAGGAUCACCAUCGGACACCGGCGCUGACGAAUUCAACCAAGUUGAAUGCGUCGACCAAGUUGACGAUCUUCGGAGGAGUGAAACCUCUUACCCUUCGAGCAGCAAGGGCGGAGGCAGCUGUAGUGAUGUGCUCACUAUUGCUAGUAGUUGUAGUGUAGGUAACAGCCAUGGUAGCAGUAGGCGUAAUGCGAGUAGCAUCGGAGAAGGAGACAUGAAGGUCAAAAGAGAUGGUGUUCUAGCGUCAAGGUGGAGAAUGGGGAUAGGAGGAGCAGGAUUUGAAGCAGGGUCGAGGCGGACACCGUGGACAGUGCACGCAUGCGUGAUUGCAUACUUGAAAGAAGUCGUUGACAUCAACGGCAAGCAGGAGGCGGAGCAUCUGUCUGUCCCGGAUGGCGGCAGCCGCAGAUCGGCGUCACUCUUUGCUCCGAGCGAGAAAGGAAGGAUUUGCGCAGAGAUAAUAUUCUUCAGCAAUUUCGCCUACCAGAUUCUCCCACAGUCCGUUUCGAAAGUACUCCAAAGCAGAGUGGCGUGGGAAGGUUAUGGUCUGAAAGUGGAGAAAAAUGAUGACGGUCGUGCCAGCCUCAGUAUCAGCAGUGGCAGCAGCGGCGGUGGCGGCGGCGACGGAAUGGAGUUGAGAUGUGAGCUACAGAUGCGAUCGGUCGCUACAGAUGCAAUUUCAAAAAUUGAACUUAUCCUUCAUCAGUAUGCGCCGUUUGGAGUGCCGGUAUCGGAGGGCGAAAAGCCAUCGACAAGAACCGAGAGCAGAUUAGUGAAGCAGGCUGUGGAAAUGGCACUCGACGAACUGAAGACAAACGAGCCGACGAUCUUCGACAGCAUGUACCAGGCGAAGGUACGGCGCUGCAUUCCUGAUCUGUCAAAAUGUGUGUCGUCCAUCGUCUUGCAAUCAACGGACGAGAGUUUCCGUCAAGAGUGUGCUCACCUUGUUGGAUUUCGCGAGAGGGAUGAGCUGGAUCGUCUUGCCGAUUUCAUUUGCCGGAGACUUGAGACUGUAGUAGUCAGUCUGGAAGAAAAGAAGAGGGUGACACGCCCCGCGCCUUCUUCUUCUUCUUCUUCUCCUCCUCCUCCUUCCAUUGCUGCCGAUAGUUCAGCAACUUCCUCCUACUCCAACGAAGGUGGUUCAUUCUCCAGUAGGUUCCGCUCAUCUGGUCCUGAUCCCAUGCAAGUACCCAAAGCAGAGGCUGGGAUGGGAUCCGGAUGGGAUGGCGAGGUGGGCACGGGUGCGGUACGGGCCAAGCGAAGACUUUCUUCCCCCCCUCCUCCUCCUCCUCCUCCUUCGUGCAGCAGGAUUGCAAGCGACAGAAGGGGUAGACGGAUAACCUCCUGGUCAGGAACUCCCGGCGAUGAUUGCGUGUGUUCAGACAGGCGAAGCGGUCUCUGGGAUGAUAUUGGUAAUGGCCAGGAGGUUUCAAGCCAUGUAAUCACCGAUGCACGGGACCUGGAUUUCUGGAGCUAAACUGUGACUUGAGAAAAAAGGAUAGGAUGGUAUGCGUCAACAACUCGG